AUGCCGCCAAAAGCUACCACCACCUCAGCGUCGUCAACUGCCAAGGUGCAGUCUAGCUCACCAGCACAGCAAUUGACAUCACUCCUCAAGACGCAACAGUUUUACUGGUUUUUGGGUCAUGUAUUUGCUAUCCUUUUCUUUGCAUUGAGCUCAUUGACAGCUAUAUUGUUCAGACAUGCAGCCUCGUUGAAGUACUACCGCUUCACAUUGUUGUCGAUCAUUGUCACCUACUUGAUUGUGUUGAAACAAGUGUACGUCAAACGCUCUGCACCUAAAGUUACCCCCGCCAGAUUGAUCAGAGACGAGAAUGUUCAAUACUUGAGUUUGGCAGUUGUUUUCUACAUUGCCAGUUAUAUCCUUGACAACCAAGCACAAACCGUGUUGUACUCAUACAUUAUCUUUGCUGUGUUCCAUGCACUCACUUAUUUCCAAAACAACUUGUUAACAAUUGCCAUUCCUUCCAUCCCUACACAGCAAAGAGUCAAUUCAGCCAUCAACAACUUCACAACUCAAUUCAAUCAACCUGCGUUGUCAGCUGCAUCGAGUGUUGAAAUUGUAUUGGCCGUUAUGCUAGCCUUUGAUGUGUUGAUUAGCACAUUUUGGUUAUUAUUGAAGUGGAAUGUUGUACAGUACGCCACUAAGGUAUUUCUCUUGGUUGCAGUGAUUGUUUUUAACAAGUUGAGGUAUGACAAUAAUCAAUUUACUAAAGCUGCAGUCAGCCAAUUGGACCAAACAUGGAACGGAUACGUCAACCGAUUGAACAAUCCUCAAUUGACGCAAAAGUAUUUUGGUUUCAGAGAGAAAAUAAUUCAUUACUUGGCCUUGAUUCAAUUGCCUAAGCCAGAGAAGAAGACACAAUAG